AUGGCUCAAAAGGAAGAAAGCGCAAAGCUCGUUCUCGUCGAAACACACCCGUCAGGAAUUCGUGUGUGCAUUCUAAACCGGCCGACGAAACGCAAUGCCUUAUCCCAAGGCCUCAUCGAUGAAUUGCUCCUCCAGCUACGACUCGCAGAGAGCGAUGAAGAAAUAUCGUGCAUAAUCAUUACUGGGUCGGGCGGGAUCUUCUCAGGUAUGUAUUCAACACAUCCAUCUGAGUACAUUGACAUCGGAAUGCGGUUGCUCAUGCGGAGGUGUCUCUGUUGGUACAGCCGGCGCGGAUAUCAAGGAGAUCUCGCAACUCGAUGCGGAAGGCGCGCACCAGAAACGAUAUCUCGAGGAUCUGUGCAAUGGUAUGCAGCGUGUCCGGAAGCCGGUGAUUGCUGCCGUUGA